AUAUAUUAUAUGUUAUAUAUAUUCUUCAAACUCUCCAACUUCACCACAAACUUCCCAUUCAGGACGGGUCGGGACCCAACACGUAACUCGGUUUUCUCUUCUUCCCCGUGGGAAUUCCUUGACAACUCGGCCAGACAAAAGAAAUCAUCUUCGAUCGGUUGUAAUCUUGGUGCUGGAUAAUUUUCGUUUGGAGUCGGUGGAUACUAGCUUUGGGUGUUUGUCUUCGGAUAAUAUGAGCUCUCAAUCUGGAAAUGAUCGAAGGGAUAGAACUAGAUUUCCUGCUCAAGGUGUUCGUCACCAGUGGGUCGUCAGGGGAUCCGUUGCCACCACCAUUGCGAACCCAAACCUGAUCCAAAACCCAAACCCAAACAUAGAGCCACCAUUGAGCUUAAAUCCCAAUCACAGAAAUGGUGGGAACCCGAAUUAUGGUUCUGCACCACCAGAGAGUCGGCCUAGGGGGACUAAUGGUCCAAGGGGAUACAUGGGUCGGCCAGCGAAUCAAAGGAGGGACAGGAUGAGGGAGAAGGAGAAGGAGGGGGAGAAGGAGAGGGAGAGCCAGGGUGGAAAGGCAUUGAAAGACUCUAAGGUGCCUCAGCUUGUGCAAGAAAUUCAGGAGAAGCUCAUGAAGGGCACUGUUGAAUGCAUGAUUUGUUAUGACAUGGUGCGGAGGUCAGCACCCAUUUGGUCUUGCUCAAGCUGUUACUCUAUUUUUCAUCUGAAUUGUACCAAGAAAUGGGCUCGGGCUCCUACUUCUGUUGACUUAUCUGCUGAGAAGAGUCAGGGACUUAAUUGGCGAUGUCCUGGGUGUCAGUCAGUGCAGCUUACAUCGUCCAAGGAGAUUCGGUAUGUUUGCUUUUGUGGGAAGAGGCCAGACCCACCUUCUGAUCUGUACUUGACUCCGCAUUCAUGUGGUGAACCAUGUGGUAAGCCACUUGAGAGGGAGAUCCCACAAGCUGGUGAGAGUGGUGAGGAUCUUUGCCCUCAUGUCUGUGUUUUGCAGUGCCACCCAGGUCCUUGCCCGCCUUGUAAGGCAUUUGCUCCGUCACGUUUGUGCCCAUGUGGGAAGAAAACAAUUACGACACGGUGCUCUGAUCGAAAGUCUGUUCUUACUUGUGGUCAGCGCUGUGACAAGCUUCUUGAGUGUAGGCGUCACAGGUGUGAUCGGAUUUGCCAUGUGGGACCUUGCGAUCCUUGUGAGGUUCUUAUCAAUGCAUCUUGUUUCUGCAAGAAGAAGGUGGAGGCUGUUCUUUGUGGAGACAUGGCUGUGAAGGGAGAACUGCAAACUGAGGAUGGUGUUUUUUCUUGUAAUUCUACUUGUGGGAAGAAGCUUUUAUGUGGUAAUCAUGUCUGCUGUGAAAUUUGCCAUCCAGGGUCUUGUGGAGAGUGUGAGUUAUUGCCAAGCAGGGUUAAGACUUGCUAUUGUGGGAAAACAAGCUUGCAGGAGGAUCGGCAGAGCUGUUUGGACCCAAUUCCAACAUGUUCUGAAAAAUGUGGCAGGCCCCUUCCUUGUGGGAUGCACCAUUGUACGGAGGUGUGCCAUGCUGGGGAUUGUCCACCAUGUUUGCUUAAGGUCUCUCAAAAAUGUCGUUGUGGAUCAACCUCUAGAACUGUGGAAUGCUAUAAAACAACAUUGGAAGAGAAAUUUACUUGUGAUAAACCUUGUGGACGGAAGAAGAAUUGCGGAAGGCACAGGUGCAGUGAACGAUGCUGUCCACUGUCUAAUUCAAGCAACCUCCUCCCUUGGGAGUGGGAUCCACACUUUUGCUCAAUGGCGUGUGGGAAGAAGCUUAGGUGCGGGCAGCAUGCUUGUGAAUCACUGUGUCACAGCGGCCAUUGCCCUCCUUGCCUCGAAACAAUCUUCACUGAGUUGAUGUGUGCAUGUGGAAGGACUUCAAUCCCUCCUCCAUUGCCUUGUGGUACUCCUCCUCCUUCAUGUCAGCUCCCUUGUUCAGUUCCUCAGCCUUGUGGCCACUCAUCUUCUCACAGCUGCCACUUUGGAGACUGCCCGCCUUGUUCUGUGCCUAUAGCGAAGGAAUGCAUUGGUGGACAUGUUGUCCUUAGGAAUAUACCUUGUGGUUCAAAGGAGAUUAGAUGUAACAAGCUUUGUGGGAAGACCAGGCAGUGUGGUAUGCAUGCCUGUGGCAGGACUUGCCACGCACCACCGUGUGAUACUUCAACUGGAUCUCCAGCAGGUUUGAAAACUUCUUGUGGGCAGACAUGUGGUGCUCCUCGGAGAGAUUGUAGGCACACUUGUAUAGCACCUUGUCACCCUUCUGCUCCUUGUCCGGAUGUAAUAUGUGAUUUCCUUGUAACAAUUGCAUGUUCUUGUGGCCGGAUAACAGCAACUGUUCCUUGUGAUGCUGGAGGCAGCAACGGUAACUUUAGUGCUGAUACUGUGCAUGAGGCUUGCAUUAUCCAAAGGCUGCCGGUGCCACUUCAACCAGUGGAAGCAGCUGGUAAGAAAAUUCCACUUGGGCAGAGGAAGCUUAUGUGUGAUGAUGAAUGUGGUAAGUUAGAACGGAAACGGGUUCUAGCAGAUGCUUUUGAUAUUAGUCCAAACUUAGAGGCUCUUCAUUUUGGAGAGAAUUCUGUUGUAUCUGAAGUGCUUGCAGACCUCUACAGACGUGAUCCAAAGUGGGUAUUGGCUGUGGAGGAGAGGUGUAAGUUCAUGGUACUUGGCAAGAGCAAAGGAACUACAGGUGGUCUUAAGGUUCAUGUUUUCUGUCCAAUGCUGAAGGAUAAGAGAGAUGCAGUAAGGCUGAUCGCAGACAGAUGGAAACUUGCCAUUCAUUCUGCUGGUUGGGAGCCCAAGCGUUUUGUUGUGGUUCAUGUUACACGCAAAUCGAAAGCCCCUCCUCGUGUGAUUGGUGUUAAGGGUUCCACUGCCCUGAAUGCACCCCAUCCUCCUGCUUUUGAUCCUUUGGUAGACAUGGAUCCAAGGCUGGUUGUUUCUUUUCCUGAUUUGCCAAGAGAUGCAGAUAUAAGUGCAUUGGUCUUGAGGUUUGGUGGGGAAUGCGAACUAGUUUGGCUGAAUGAUAAUAAUGCAUUGGCUGUAUUUAGUGAUCCUGCCCGAGCAGCGACUGCUAUGAGGAGAUUGGAUCAUGGGACUGCAUAUAAUGGAGUUGUUGUGGUUCUACCUAAUGGUGGUGCAGCAGCAGCAUCUUCAGCUACUAAUGCCUGGGGAGGAGCAGGGAUGACCAAGGAAGGGGGAGCAGUUGCAGCUCUGAAGGGUAACCCAUGGAAGAAGGCUGUUAUUCAUGAGCCUGGUUGGAAGGAAGAUUUGUGGGGUGAAGAAGAGUGGUCUAGUGGUUCUGCAGAUAUGCAGGCUUCUGUGUCGAAAAAAGAAGGUCCAAUUGCCGCUUCAUUAAAUCGGUGGAGUGUCCUAGAUUCUGAAAAGCCUUCGAGUUCAUCCACUGCACCUCACAGAAUUGAGGAUCCUGAGAAAGGGGCAAGUAGUCAAUCUGGUUCGGUAUUGGAAUCUGAUGCGAGUGGCGUGAGUUCAUCACGGCAGCAUCAAGAUAAUUUUAGUGCAACAGAAAUGUCUGAGGUGGUUGAUGAUUGGGAGAAGGCUUAUGAUUUUUAUCAUUAUAUUGUCAAUCUUAUCACCAAUAUGGAUAUUUCACCGAGCCCUGGCACCUUCUCCAAUGACAAGAGGAUGUCAUGGAAGCGUAUACUUCUUUUCUCAUUUCAAAGCCUUGGAGUAAUUUAUGGUCAAAUAAGUACUGCUCCCCUGUAUGUUUUUGGGACAAUUUGUGAACAAGAUAUCAAAUCAGAGGAGGCUGUAUAUGAGCUCUUCUCGUUUAUUUUCUGGACAAUGACCAUCAUUUCUUUACUGAAGUAUUCCUAUAUAGUACUAAUGGCUGAUGAUGAUGGAGAGGGUGGCACUUUUGCUCUGUACUCACUAUUAUGCAGGCAUGCGAAAGUAGGUCUGCUUCCAAUUGACAGAAGCUCAAUUGAGGCUAUGAAUUAUGAGGCAGGAAGCCCUUUUGAGGUCAAGGUGGAAUCAAGGGCAAGAAGGGCCAUUGCGAAACAUAAAAGUAGUCAAUAUUUGGUGUUGUUCUUGGCUCUUUUUGGUUCUUGCAUGACAAUUGGUGUUGGGGUGCUUACCCCGGCUCUUUCUGUGUUCUCAGCUUCAUCAGGUGUGCAAAGAUCAUUGUCGGAUAUGACACAUAAAAUUUUUUCUUCACAAAGUACACAGCAGUCUGUCUCAAGAGCUUUAGAAAGAUAUGUACCAGUUCCCUCUGCAUGUGCUAUAUUGGUAUGCCUUUUCAUGCUGCAGCACUAUGGGACACAUAAUAUAGCAUUUAUGUUUGCUCCAAUUAUCAGUAUUUGGCUGUUAUUUAUAAGUGCAGUGGGCAUAUAUAAUAUCUUUUAUUGGAACAAAAGAAUCAUCCUUGCGAUCUCCCCAGUAUACAUGUACAGAUUUGUGCAAAAUAUUGGUGUUAAAAGUUGGAGAUCUUUAGGCAGCAUCAUCCUAUGUCUGGCAGGACUAGAGGCCAUGUUUGCAGAUCUAGGUCAUUUCUCCAAGAAAUCAAUCAAGAUUGCUUUUGUCUGCCUAAUUUAUCCAGUCCUCAUCGCAUGCUAUGCGGGUCAAGCUUCAUAUAUGUCCAAAAACUUGCAUGCUAUAAAUUUUAAUCAUCUAAGUGAAUCUGUCCCUGGAGCUAUUCGCCACUCAUUCGUUGCGUUAUCCCUACUUGCCUCAGUUGUAGGAAGCCAAGCAACCAUAACAGCCAGUUUCUCUGUUAUAAACCAGUGUCUGUCACUUAAUUGUUUUCCCAGGGUGAAAGUUAUUCAUACAUCAGAUAAGAUACGUGGGCAGGUCUAUAUUCCUGACGUCAACUGGUUACUGAUGAUCCUCAGCCUUACAGUCACAAUUGUUUUCCGCAACAUUGUGAAAAUUGGUAACGCAGCAGGAUUGGCAGUAAUUUCUGGAAUGCUUGUAACGACAUGUCUUAUGUCUCUUGUAAUUGCCCUGUACUGGGAGAAAAGUCUGCUUCUUUCUGCAUGUUUUUUGAUAUUCUUUGGCUUCAUCGAGAUCACGUAUCUGUCAGCCUGUAUGUUGAACUUUCACAGAGGAGCUUGGUAUCUUGUUUUCCUUUUGGCAUUGUCCUUGACCGUCAUGCUUGCAUGGCAUUAUGGAACCAAGAAGAAGUAUGAAUUUGAUUUAGAGAACAAGGUGACAACAGAAUGGCUUACAGAACUUAGCUUAGGCCUUGGAGUUUGCAGGGUGCCUGGAAUUGGCUUCAUUUACACAGAUAUAGUAACUGGAAUCCCAUCCUUUUUCUCACACUUCAUUGCCAACCUUCCUGCAUUUCAUCAGGUGCUGAUUUUUGUUUCCUUCAAGUCUCUACCAGUGCCUUAUGUCCCCCCGAGUCGAAGGUAUCUUAUAGGAAGGGUAGGACCUAAAGAUUACAAAAUAUAUCGUUGCAUUGUGAGACAUGGGUACCGUGAUCACAUUAAGGACACCGAUGACUUCGAGGAAGAGAUUAUUCGUUCCAUUGGAGAAUUCAUUGCCAUUGAAGACAAUGAUCUUGAAUCCCUGAAUUCCCAGGAAGGCAGAAUGAUUGUUAUUGGAAAGCCACUGUCAGAUGGGAAUGCCUUGGUUCCACUAAAUGAUACCAACUCAUAUAAAGGUUCUGCAAACUUUGAAAACAAUUACUCUCAGACAAGUACAUCGGGUUCUUCAUUAGAGAGCAGCUGUGCUCCUGUAAACAGGAAAAAGGUUAGGUUCAUGUUGCCUCCAAAUAGUCCAAAAAUGCAGGUAUCUGUGAGGAAGGAGCUACAAGAGCUAAUUGAUGCAAGGGAAAGUGGUACUGCAUAUGUCCUGGGACAGUCACAUUUAGCAUUGCGUCAAGGCUCAAACUUUCUAAAGCGGUUCUUGAUCAAGACAUACAUAUUUUGUGACAAAAAUUGCCGAGAAACUCCGGUGGCCCUGAACAUUCCUCAUGCUGCUCUUGUAGAGGUUGGUAUGGUCUACACAAUAUAAACUUGUACAUCAUUGUAAUGGAGUUUAUUACAGCAAAGGAAAUGAGGGUAAAAUUUGCUAAAGAAACAAAAAAAGUGAUAGAAGAAAAGAAAAGAACAUAAUGGUUUGAAUUGAGUUCAAAGGAAACAGAAAACAGUAAACUAAAAGCUAAUCUUUUUUCUUCUGGUGUCA